AUGGACGCACCACGCUCGUCCUCGACCUCGCGUUCGCGGCGCUCCUACCCCAACCUGCACAACCUCUCGCUCGCGCCCCUCAGCGCCAAAUACCCGCUCGACGCCUCCUCCCCCGCAACACCCGACGACGACGCUCCUGGCGCCCAAACGCCGCGCACCUCGUACAUAGCGCAGAAAUCCGCGCCGACGACGCCCGGCAUCCUCAGCCUGAGCCAGAGCCGCAGCGCAUCGCGCAACGGCCGCCGGUACGCGCACGACGGCUACUUUGCCAGCGCGCGAGCCGACGUGCGCGAUGACGGCGACAUACCAAAGGCGAAGAGCACCAACGCCCUGCACGCGGGCGUGUCGUUUGCGGAGCCCGCGGCGCGCGGCAGACGGCAUGCGCGCAAACACACCGCCCCGCUGCCGCUGAGGAUGCCGCUGCACCGCCACCACACCAGCGAGAGCAACGACGAGUGGCUGCACCGCGCGGGGCUGGUGAUUGCGGGCGAAACGCGUGACGCGCGGGGACAGGGGUGGCUGGUGCGCAGGGAGAGCUCGACGCGUCUCGUGAGCCCUGUGGACGUGGCCGAGCACGACGCAAGGAGUGCCGCGGACGGCGCCGAGUUGGCCGUCUUGUCGCCGCGCCUGAGUCGCGCGGGGAGCCGCAUGCAGUCCCGGGUCGGCAGUCGCGCGCCCAGCGCCAGACAGAGCCGGCGGGGGUCGCGGGCCGGGAGCAGACUCGACCUGGCCAUGUCCGGACUGCCCUCGGCACGACACAGUCUGGAUCUGGACGGCUCAGAAGCGAUUGAGCCUGACUUUGUUGACUUUGACGGCGUCGACGACGGGCCGGAUGACGAGGAGGAAAUCGCGCGUCUUGCGCGCGAGCGCGGGUUCGGGCUUGGCGGGUGGAUGGACGCGCUGAUUGGGUGGACGCUGUUUUCCGUCGACGAGGACGGCGAGGCAUCGUCUGACGACGAGGAUCGACAGCCGCCGCAUCUGACCAGCGACGAGGCGAGGCUGUUGCGCGAGGUCGACGCGAAGCGAAGGAAGAUGGAGCGCGAGAGCAUCAUCGCCGCCAGCGCGCUGAAGGUGCACGACAGACCGGGCGACAAGUCUGGCGACGAGGGGGGAGAAGUCAGGAUCGACGUCCCCAGGCCGCCGGAGGGGCAGGAGGCUGGUGGGUGGAGUGAUGCUGCGUGGUUGCUGAGCGUUGCGUCCAAGGCGCUGUUUUGA